CACCUUGGUUGUACUUGUCAAAAUAACAACGCUGUCCCGGCACACACAAAAACAUAAACUAGAACGGUCUGUUUGCGCUCAAACACUUUCCGAGUCGUUGUUUCCUCAAUUGAAAUUACAAACGAAAAAUGCAAAACAACGUUAAGAACAUAUUCGAUAGCUUCAACGAUUAUCUCGUGAAGGAGCAGGAGUUGCGUACUGAAAUACGCGAAAUCGUACGUGACAUAGAUCAGGCGGCGAAGGAGGCAGCCAUUGUACUGCAGAUCAUUCACAGCAGCAUGGCAGAUGUACCGGCAGCCUGCGCUAAGGCACGGACCAUCUUUGACACUUGCCGUGAGGGUUAUGGAAAGCUGGCCGCACUCAUCCCGGCAGGACAGUACUACCGGUAUCACGACCAUUGGCAUUACAUGACGCAGCGAAUCGUGUUUCUAAUCGCGCUCACGAUUUAUCUCGAGAAAGGGUUUCUAGUUAACCGAGAAACGGCGGCAGAAAUUCUCGGUCUGACUAUCGAUCAAAAGAGUGGAUUCCAUCUAGACAUCGAGGAUUACCUAGUGGGUAUUUUACAACUCGCUUCAGAGCUGAGCCGCUACGCUGUCAACUCCGUCAUUUUGGGUGACUAUGAAAAACCGCUCAUGAUCUCAAAAUUCGUCGCCGAUCUUAACUCGGGCUUCCGGCUGUUGAAUCUCAAGAACGAUUCGCUUCGCAAGCGCUUUGAUGCACUCAAGUACGAUGUGAAGAAAAUUGAGGAAAUAGUGUACGACAUAAGCAUACGGGGAUUGCGUACCGAAGCGGCACCCGUACCAGCUGUCGACCCGCUCGUUGAGCAAGCGAAACAAACAUAAUGUUUUGCAGCUUAUACUUUGCUACAUUUUGCGUAACGCAACAAUUUUCAACUACAGUUUACAUAUUUUUCAGUGCACCUUAGCACACACCGUAUUCCACAAUUGAAUUUGUUACUGAGCACUGAGGGCGAUUUUUGAAAUAAAAGAAAACUUUACACAGUAUACCACAAAA